AUGCUUCGAGCCAGCCGUAACAUACGCACAGGCUCGGCCUUUCGAUCUUUGGCCACCGUGGCUGGAGUCAGGGGACAAGCACCGCUGAGUCGAUUUGAGCCGGAUCACACAGUUGAUUAUGUUGGCUUCUUAGACAAACUACCUCAUCUAAGAAAGAUUCUUGACCGCCCACUCACGUAUGCUGAAAAGGUUCUCUUGGCCCAUCUUGACGGUGAACAAGAUGAGAGAGUCGUCCGAGGCACAACACAACUAAAACUGAAACCCCGACGAGUUGCAUGCCAAGAUGCUACAGCACAAAUGGCAAUCAUCCAAUUCAUGACUGCAGGACUUGAUAAAACCGCGGUUCCUACUACGGUCCACUGCGAUCAUCUUAUCGUAGGACGCGAUGGUAGCGAGAAGGAUCUUGCAGGAGCACUUACGAGCCACGGCGAAGUAUAUGAGUUCAUGUCGAGUGCCUGUCAACGUUAUAACAUGGGAUUCUGGAAACCAAAUGCCGGCAUCAUCCAUCAGAUCGUGCUUGAGAACUAUGCUUUCCCUGGUGGUAUGCUGAUCGGAACUGACUCUCACACACCAAAUGCUGGCGGCAUGGGCAUGAUUGCCGUGGGAGUCGGCGGUGCAGACGCGGUUGACGUUAUGUCUGGGCUUCCAUUCGAGAUUACAGCCCCCAAGAUUAUUGGUGUUAAGCUCACAGGACAGUUGAGCGGCUGGGCAAGCCCGAAAGAUGUUAUCAGUGCAGUUGCUGGAAUCCUUGGAGUCAAGGGCGGUACCGGAAACAUCAUCGAGUACUUUGGCCCCGGCGCAGAGACAAUAUCUGCCACAGGAAUGUCUUCCAUUACCAACAUGGGCGCUGAGACGGGAGCAACAACAUCCAUCUUUCCCUACUCAGAUUCCAUGUCCGCAUACUUGCGCGCUACGAGCCGGCCUGAGCUAGCUGACGCACUGCAAGUAGCCAAGCACGAGCUCCGAGCAGACGCCGGGGCGGAGUAUGACCACAUCAUUGAGAUUGACCUAUCCACGCUGGAGCCUCGUAUCAACGGACCUUUUACACCCGAUCUGUCGACUCCAAUCUCCAAGUUAGAUCAAGCCGUGAAGGAUAACCAGUGGCCGGAAAAGCUUACCGCAGGUCUAAUCGGAUCGUGCACUAAUUCGUCCUUCGAAGAUCUGUCCCGCGCUGCCAGUUUGGCACGUCAGGCUCUCGAUGCAGGUUUGAAGCCCAAGAUGCCGCUGCUGCUCUCUCCAGGAAGUGAGCAGACUAAUCAGACUCUGAAGCGUGAGGGUAUCAUGGAUGUCUUUAAGCGCCUCGAGAGUAAGGUCCUAUCCAACGCGUGUGGACCCUGCUGUGGUUCAUGGGAUAGGACCGAGAUGAAAAAGGGCACGCCAAAUUCGGUUCUGGCAUCUUAUAACAGGAACUUCACCGGCCGUCUUGACGGCAACCCUGCCACCCAUGCAUUCCUAUCUUCGCCCGACAUGGUCAUGGCCAAGGUGUUCUCCGAAGAUCUUGGCUUCAACCCAUUGAAGGACAGUUUGGUCACAGAGUCCGGCGCUGAGUUUCGCUUCCAGCCUCCUGAUGGAAACGCACUCCCCUCAGGCGAGUAUGAGAAUACAGAUCACGUCUACGACGCACCGUCGACGGAUCCUCACUUCCGUAACGCCGUGACCGUCCAGAUAUCGCCAGAUUCCCAGCGCCUACAAAGACUGGCCCCCUUCAAGCCUUGGGCUGGUGAGGACUUCAAGGAUUGUCCUAUCCUCAUCAAGACUGUGGGUAAAUGCACGACAGACCACAUUACCACUGCAGGUCCAUGGAUGCGCUUCCGCGGUCAUCUUGAGAACAUCUCCAAUAACACUCUGAUCGGCGCUGUCAACGCAGACAACAACGAGGUUAACAAGGUCGUAAACCAAGUUACGGGAGAGCACGGUGGCGUCCCGGAUACAGCCAGGGAUUAUCAAAAGCGAGGACUUCCAUGGGUUGUAGUAGCGGAUCACAACUACGGCGAAGGUUCCUCGCGUGAGCAUGCUGCCCUCCAACCUCGAUACCUCGGCGGUGUUGCCAUCAUUGCUAGAUCAUUUGCUCGUAUCCAUGAGGCCAAUCUCAAGAAGCAGGGCAUGCUGGCGCUGACAUUUGCCGACAAUGCCGCAUACGACAAGAUCAAGGCUUCGGAUCGUAUCAGCAUCGUUGGCUUGACGCAGUUGACACCAGGAAAGAAUUUGCAGAUUAGGGUGACAUCGAAGGAUGGCUCAAGUUGGGUUACAGAUGUUAAGCAUUCGUUUACUGGAGAGCAGAUUGAGUACUUCAAGGCUGGAAGUGCGUUGAAUGUUAUGGCUAGUCGACUGUCACAGAAGGCUUCCACAUCGGCAUCAGUGUAA